GGCGGCAGCCUGAUUUACAGCAGCUGAGCUCUGCGCAAAUUGGGAUGCAUAAAGGAAAGUUGUUCUGCUGAGGCAAUGGCAGUUUGUGACAUCACACUCUUAUCUGUGACAUCACAAAGCUGCAUUCCUUAAUUCUACAGUAAGAAUCAUUACCCAGAGAUCAAGUAGAUCAUUUCUGAGCAAGAGAUUGAAAAUAAACGUUUUUGAAGACAAAAAGGCGUUUCCUAACAAAGAAAAACAUUGAACUUUUAUUGGAUUUGUCGAGACAGAAAGGAGCAACAAUGAGUGAGAACAGAAAGCCUUCUCCUUCUGAGUACGAGGAGAUCAUACAACUCCAUGACCAGACCGUAGCUCAACAGACACUGAAACUGCGCGUCAUCCUGAAUGAAACCGACACAGUCUCUGAGGAACAGUCUGAGGAACAGUCUCUUCUUAACGAAAACAAGGCUCCGGAGACUCAACUUGUGCAAAGCACACAAGUUGCAUUUGAACAAGACGUAGAGCUUCAGCAGGAAGCCCAGGAUUUGCAGAUCUCAGUCAACGUAAAUGCCUUCCUGCUGGAGAAAAACGAGGCUUUGGAAAUCAAAGUGCAACUUCUGACCAGACUGCUGAGAGACAAAGAGGAGGAAUACAAACUCCAUUAUCAGGCUCUGGAGGAACAAGUCCAGAACUUUCAAGAUCUCCUGGCUGAUUUGAAAGGCACGAAAAGGAAAUGCGUGUUCCUGACGGAGCAGCAGGAGAACGACGAGUCAAGGAAACUCGAGGAAACUGACAAAAAGUUUCUCCGAGCGAUGAAGAGUCCGCUGGGGCUUCAAGAAGAAACCAGGAAGCUUCCAGACAAUUCAGGAAACAGUCCAGCCAGUGUGAAGGCUCCAACAGAGAACGCUUCAGCUGGACCGUCUGAGCCUGAAGAUCAGAACCAGCAGCAGCAGAACCAGGAGACAUCUGCAGAGGAAACCCAAGGAGAAAGCCAGCUGGUUUCAGAACCAGCAGCAGAGCCACAGAUGCAGCCGUCUGUCUUCAGAGGUGUGAUCAGAGGCAUCGCCAAUACGUUCCUGAAGAUGUAUAGAACAGGCACCCUCAAAUACUGGGUUGAUUAUUGGUAUUUCUAAAUAAUAAAAAAGACAUAAAAAGUG